UGUGUACUCACCUUAGCUCCCCAUCCAAGGCCUGAAUGACAGCUGCAAAACUCCUGCUGGUUUGAUUGAGGUACACAUAACACGUCCUCAGACUCUCGCUCAUGGACUCCUGACAGGACAGACAAAAGAAGGCCGUGUGUCGACUGAACCCCAAGGGUCUGAGGACGCUUGAGGGCCGGGCGGCCUCUUGCAGGCCCCGCUCUCCGAGCCUCCAGCCCGCCAGGAGGGAGCGAGGAUGGGCGGGCGUUGAACCCCGCGGUGCUACCGAGAGAGAGCGCUUGAACACGGACAGAGAGAUGGGACACUUGCAGCAGGUUCCGGCGGCCAUGCGAGGACCUCGACGGCUGGGUUGGUUUUGGACUCGACGUUUCGACGCAGACGCACAUGUAGAGGACGAGCAGCUGGGCGAGGUGUACCUAAUGCGAUGGCCAGUGUUUUCAAAUGGGGACAUCUAGUGGCAAAUAGGUGUAAUAGCAGAUACCCGCACCUGCGUACAGUACGUCAUCCACCGAAACGAUGCAAUAUGACGAGGAGGAAGUGUGACGACAACAACACAACACUGUGAGACGAGGGGUCUUCUACAAAGGCUGCAGGCUGGGUGGGACACAGUGGACGUGGAUGGUUUUAUGGGUGUCCUCCAUUGCAUGCAGAUUUACGUAGCACCCCGGACAGAUGGAAAAGAGGGACAGAAAGCCGGGAUACUUUGCCAGGCUGAAGAGGCGGAGACAGCUCAAACAGAGCCAAUCAGAGAAGGCUGUGAAUGAACACAGCGCGGCGGUCAUCUCCUGUCCGGAUGUACUGAGUGACAAUGAAGGCAACAAGAAGGCCGGCCUGCAGAGAGUAACAGCAAAGACACCUGCUGGGUCAGCUGAUGGCUGUAAAAGUAACAACCCGGCAAAGAGGGAGAAGAGGAGGCCGCCAGGGACAGUGGAGUUCUUUGUGGGACCUGAUGAUUCCCUCAACAGCAUCGCCCUCAAGUUCAACAUCACCCCAAACAAGCUGGUUCAGCUCAACAAGCUCUUCUCUCACAGCGUGUACCCUGGGCAGAAGCUGUUUGUCCCUGAUGUGGGCCAGACCGACACCAAGUCCACUGAACCGUCUCUCGGCAAUAGUUCCUCUUUGGAGACAAAGCAGGAUGACGGUCCAAACUGCAGGUCGGCGAGGUCAAUGCAACGGCAACUCUCCCCAAAUUCAGAGGACGAGAGCCCGGCAACAGUUAAAUUCAUCAAGAUGAGCUGCAAGUACUUCACUGACGGAAUGGGAGUGGUGGGCGGCGUGCUGAUCGUGACCCCCAACAACAUCAUGUUCGACCCGCACAAGUCGGACCCCCUGGUCAUCGAGCACGGCUGCGAGGAGUACGGCCUCAUCUGCCCCAUGGAGGAAGUGGUCUCUGUGGCGUUGUACGAUGACGUGUCACGCAUGAAGCUGAAAGAUGCCCUGCCGUCCGACCUACCCCAGGAUCUGUGUCCUGUCUACAGGCCUGGUGAAUGGGAGCAGCUGCCGUCAGAGCAAGACUUGAACCCCUUCAGCCGGUACAAAGCUCUGGAUGCUAAAGAGCCCAUCAUCUUGGACGAGAUGGAGUCUGCCCUCUCGGAAACUGGGAGUGCAGACGGGGAGCAGACGGACAAGUCUCCCUCGGAUGAGGGCUUCACUGAGUUGGAUCCUAUAGUCAACGGUAGCACUGAAGAAGCUGAGGCAUCGUCCUCAACACAAACAUUCGGAAGUUGCCGCAGAGAUCGGGGAGGCCUCCAAGAACCAAAGAGCACCGACGGGGAGGAAUCCCAGGACACAUCGCUGCUAUGCCAAACUAAAGAGACACGGGACGACGAUGAGGAUGAAGGCUUAGCACAGAACAGCUCCGUAGAAGACGGUGAGUCCAUCCAGUUAUCUACAGAGAUGGAAAACACAGGGAAGUUGCACAGCACUCCGACAACCCAAGAAGAAACCAAAGAAGAGCAAGCUAAAGCGACGGAAGAAAUGCUAAAGUGUGCUGAGGAUCAGGGUAUCAGGAAGUUGAGUGAGACUGCAGAACUUUCCGGGAACCUGGAUGCUUCUGGGAGUCCACAGAGACCCGCCAAGGUGGAACAUCUCAGCGAGCAGGAGAGGCGGAGGAAGAGCUACGAGGCGGAGAUGAAGUCAUGGCUGCUGGAGAGGAUGCAGGCUCCCAUUGAAGACAUGCUUUUCUCGUCAGAGGAGAAGAGUAAGAACCCACCGAUGUUCCUCUGCUUCAAAGUGGGCAAACCAAUGAGGAAGUCAUUCGCGACUGGGAUGACCUCCAGCCCCGCCCACUCAUUUGGAAGCUUGGGCAAGCAGCCCGAGUACUGGUUUGCUGUGCCACAAGAGAGGGUGGACCAUUUGUAUGCAUUUUUCGUCCAGUGGUCUCCUGAUGUGUAUGGCAAAGAAGCCAGAGAGCAGGGCUUCAUUGUGGUGGAGAAAGACGAGCUGGACAUGAUCGACAACUUCUUUGGAGAUCCUGCGUCUUGCAGCUGGGAGAUCAUCACAAUCGACGAGGCCAAACGGAGGCAGAGUUUCGGCAGUUGUGAGGAGGAGCUGUGCGCGGACAGCCUGCCCUCGCUGAGCGAUGCCAGCAGUCUGCUGCAGGACACACACAUUGAGAAGCUGGCCUGUCGCUUGCCGGCCCGUGUGCAGGGUUACCCGUGGAGACUGGCCUACAGCACUGUGAUGCACGGCACCAGCCUCAAGACGCUAUACAGGAACCUGGCUGAUGUAGACAGUCCAGUGCUGCUGGUCAUCAAAGACCUGGAUAACCAGAUCUUUGGGGCGUUCUCCACUCAUCCCUUCCGAGUGAGCGAGCACUGCUACGGCACCGGAGAGACCUUCCUCUACAGCUUCUGUCCAGAGAUUAAGGUUUACCGCUGGACAGGCGACAACUCUUACUUUGUCAAAGGCAAUAUCGACUCACUGCAGAUGGGAGGAGGAAGUGGUCAGCUGGGUCUGUGGCUUGAUGCCGAGCUGUACCGAGGCACCACCACCAAAUGCGCCACCUUCAACAACCAGCCGUUGUCUACCCAGCAGGACUUCAACAUUCACAGUUUGGAGGUGUGGACCUUCGAGUAGCUCCCACGGACAUGCGUCACCUUCUGCUCUCACAAAUCCUUUUCAAGCACCGCUUGGAGGUAAAGCUUAGCUACCUGUUUUGAUGCUAAAUGUUCUGUGAGGGGGCGUGGCAGAAAGCAGUCCUUUCUAGAAGGUGGGAUCAGCUUUUGUGAUUGUAAGACCUCGACCUGUCGCACUCCACCUCCAAAAGCCUCCUGCUUUCCCUCCAGCAUGCAGACUUGCCUUAGUGCCACAACAUUUGUCCUUAAGAAGACAUCCCACAAAGCUUUAGCGUAAAGUGAAAGCCAUUGUAUGAAUGUACAGGAACUGAUCAUGGAAGAAAAUGGAAGUCGCUCAGAGAGGAUUUUCACCCUCCACCAUUUUAUGUACCAUUUGAAUGCUGCACUUCCUCUCAACGCCACCUUGACUUUUAGACUGAAUCAUGUUACCUUUCAUCACCGGGAACCACAAAGUGUUUUCAUUCUUCGCACCACCCAAUUUUUUGCAUUGACCAAAUAUAUUAUUUGUCAUAUUUUGAUACUAUGUUUUUGUUUUUACAUUUUUUUUUAUUUUCUAUUAGUAAUUUUCUGUGGUUGUACUUUAAUUUUUAUUUGUGUUUACUAAACUGACGCAACCCAACAAGCACUUGGCGGGACAGAGAAUUUUAUCACUGAUUUUUUUUUCUUCCAUUUCUUGUUAUUGUGUUUUAAAGCCAGUAGAACGGGGGUGUCCAAACUGUUUCCCUGUAGAAAGAUGAAAGAAUGCAGGGACCAUUUGGAUAUUCAUUCACUUAUCUUUCUUUAGCACACUAAGACCCAUGUGAAGAAGAAAUCUGCUCAUAUAGUAUUAGUGAACACUGUUCCUCUCUUUAUAGUCUAUAUUUUUCAAAUAUGCCACAGGCCAAAAAAAAAAACAACAGCCAGGGGCUGUACUUUGGACACCCCCAUAGUAGAAGAACCAUCAGCUUGUUACUUUUUGCACUACAGGAUUUAGUCCGAUGCGUUAUGGCGGAUUUAUGUAAGCAUUUCUUGAAGAGGGAAAAAAAAAAAGACAACAAAGUGUUACAAGAUGUUGUCCAACACCACUAUGAAAGUAAAGGGAUCAGUUGGUGCACUCCUCAUAUGCCACUAACUAAAUCUUCAGAUCACGCAAAAAUUGAUUUACAAUCAUGUUAUGGAAGUGAGUGCAUGGAUAUAUAGUCCUCCAUACACUGUUGUGGGUGUUAGUUAGCGCUCCAUGUGUAAAUGAGCUGUGUUGUAACUGUGAAUGCACCCUAAGUAUUAUUUUCUUGUGAAUCCCAAACUGCUGUCUUUAUGUGAGUAAGGAUGUAUUUAUUAUUAUUGUGUUGUUAUUGCAAUUACAUUUAUACCUGAAUGUUAUAUACAGUAUAUAUACAUUCAUUAAAUUGUGUCUUAUGUUGCUAUGUUAA